AUGAAUUCAACGUUAACUGAUUACAAUGUCUUAAAUAUCCCAACAGACAUCAAAACAAUUACAUUAACAGUUUCAUUUAUCCUAACAUUUUAUCUAUUCAAAAAAUAUUUUACCGCUGAUAAGAAAUUUCCAACUACAAUAAGCGAAACAACUCAAAAACCUAAAACUUUUUAUGAUAAUGUACCUACAUCACUUGAAUUAAUACCACAGACUAAUUUCAAAUGGGAUGAAAUAGAUCCUUUAAAACUGUACCCUUUUAAAAAUGCAGUGUAUAAAUUAACAAUGGGUAUAAAAAAUUUAAAUUAUCAAGAUUGGCUUUUAAUUGAACCAACUUAUUUAUCAAGAUUGGAGAAUAAGAAACAGAUUUUAAACAAUUGUCAUCCUGAUCAUCCAAAGGAUAAGAAUACAAGAGAUUCUACAUUAUUUAUAACUGAUGAAGCUAAUGAUGCCGUUGUUGAUUUUUAUGAAAUUGUUAUGAAUUAUAUGUUGACUAAAUAUCCAACUUGUUUUAAAUUAAUUGAUAAUGACCAAAAAAUUGAAAAUUUAAUUACUAACAAAUCAUAUCCAAGGUAUGGUAGUGGUAUAGAUGGGAUUAAAUUACAAGAAUAUCUCACUGAAAAUAUAGAAGAAGAUUUUAUAAUUUUAUUAAAAGAUCCCAAAAAAAUUCAUGAAAAAAACGGUGAAGAAUAUUUUUUCAAAGCUGGAGUAUUUGCAUUUGCAGCAGGAUUUGAUCCAAAUGAUAGAUUUAAUAUGCCAUUAACUUUUAUUCAUGAAAGAAUACCAGGUUAUGAAACAAAAUUAAAAUUAUCAAUGAAUAAAUUUUUCAAUCGUAUAAAUCCAAAUCAAUUUGUAACAAGAUCAAAUUGGUCAAUUCAACCACAUAGUAAAUUUUACGUUGAUGAUAAUAAUAAAGGUCAUAAUUUACCUGAUGAUUAUAUACAAAAGGCUAUACCUUACAAGGAAAUGAAAUUUGAAGAAUAUUAUUAUAGAUCUGAACGUCAAGUAUUAACUAAAUUACCUAAAACUGAAGCUAUUGUAUUUACUAUUAGAACUUAUUUAAUUCCAUUAAAUCAAGUAAAAGCUGAAGGUAAAGAAGUUAGAGAAAGAUUAAUUGGUGGUAUAAGAGGAUUUCCAGAAGAUAUUGCUCGUUAUAAAAGAGCAAGUGAAUGGGGUCCUUCAAUUAUUCAAUAUUUAGAAGAAGAUUAA